ACCACCAGCCACCGCCGCCGCCGCCGCCGCCACCAAUGGUGCGGAAGACCGGGAAGAAGAGAGGCGGAAGCAAGCCCAAGCCCAAGCCCCAAACCGAAACUCCACCUUCCUCUAGCUUGCCCAACUCGGUUCCGCCCCCACCAUCGGUGGAGCCGCCGGAGGAGGCAGCGAUCGACGUCCUACCCGUGGAUGUCAUCCCCAACAUCUUCCGCCGUCUCUCCCUCGUCGAUCUCCUCCGCGCCGCCCUUGCCUGCCACCGCUGGUGCCGCGUCGCCGCCCGCUGCCUCCCCCGCGCCGCUCCCCUCCUUGGCUACUUCUUCCACCCCGUCAAAACCGCUACCCCGCCGCAUAUCCACAAAAGAGACCCAACCCGCUACGACGCCGUCUUCGCUCCCCUCGACGUCUCCUCCCCGCGCCUCUCCCUCGACUUCGCGCCGGACGCCUCCCGCUUCAAUCUCCACGACUGCCACCAAGGCCUCCUGCUCCUCGAGCCGAACACACCGACUCCAAGGUCGACGCACCCCCGCCUUCUCGUCCUCGACCCGGCCACCCGCCGGCGGGCUCUCCUCCGGCCGCCGCCGCGCGACACCGUGCCGGACGACCACCGCUGGCGCAGAUCCAGGUACUACGUCGGCUCCGCGCUGCUUUCCCGCGCUCACCCGAGCAAGCUCUGCUUCGAAGUCGUCUGCUUUACCAUCGACGGCGGGCACCCGCGCGCCUGGGUCGCGUCCUUCGACAAUGACCAGUGCCGCUGGCGCGCGCUCCCACUGGCCGAGCAUGUCUUGGUCGAUUUCGACCCCUACUGGUUCGAGACCCGCGGCGUACACGCUACCGGGAAGAUGUACUGGCACAUCUGCAACUCCAGCCGCGUCCUGGAACUGGACCUCGCCACGCUGCGCUUCUCGUACCUGCUGCCGCCGGCGGCGCUGCCGGGUCACCACUUCAAGUACCGCAUGGGGGAGACGCCCGACGGGCGGCUCUGCGUCGUGACCGUGGAGAACGAGCUGAUGCAGCGCUGGGUGCGCGGCGACAGCAUGCGCAGCGACAACGGCUGGAUUGUGGAGGAGGAGAUGGAUAUCAGCAAGGUCUACGACACGGUGCCCGGCCUGCCCAAGGACCGAAUCAGGAGGAAGCAGAGCAUCAUGGUCAUGGACGUCGACGUGGGGCAGAAAUGGAAGCUGUUCAUCGAGAUGCUGGGAUACGGGACCUUCUCCUUCGAUUCCAAGACCCGCAAGCUCCACCGCCUCGCCACCAAAGGCGGCAAGGAGUACGGCAAGCCCAUCUCCGCCUACUUCCUCGCAUGGCCGCCUGCCUUCCUUGCUCAAGCCUAAUGUGUAGUGACAAGUUCUGGCUAGCUGCUCAGAGGAGGUAGCAGCUCAUCUUCUGUUCGAAGUCAGCUCACAUCCUUGCAUUUUUGGUCAUUCAGCGCAUAGGGAAGUUCCAACGAUCUUAUCCUGAAUGAGACAGUGAGACUGUUUAUGCAUUGCAGACGCCAUGAUAUCAAGCAUCCUUUGAAAUGUAUGGUGUUCCGAAGACAGCGAUAAACAACAAAUUGUGCUGGUCUUUCAUGGUUUAGCUUUGUUGGCGGAGUGACAUUGUUUUUUGACUACGCAUUUAAAUCUCUUCCUUGCUAGUUUAUUUGUUCUGCGAUGGUACUAUCAUGAAUUUGUAUGUGCAGCAAUAGCUCACCCUGCUUGCAUC